AUGUCCGAGCGCCCUCAGUACUACACGAACGACCUUGACUUGCCUCAAAUAAACGAAGCGAGUCUCCGCCAGACGCUGGAAGACCUCCGGCACGCCGUCCUUAAUGGCGUUAAAGUGAUCGAAUCUAAUGCUCCAGCGAGCGGCCAGUAUGACGGUCGAGGAAUGUUUACUGGGGAGCUAGGAAUUCCUGCCGCGUACCUUCGCCUAGGUCAUCAAGUAAAGUCGUUAGGUGCCACUGCGGACUUCUACACGCUGGCCGGCUCACGCAUCCCCGUGCAGGGGCCAGAUGUUCCUCUCCGGAUAGGAGGGCUCUCGCCUCUGGCAUCAAAAUCGCCCAUCGCCACCGUCACGCUGAGGAUUCUCCACAAAUGUUUAACUGACCAGGCGGAUGGUAUUUCCCAUUCGGACCUUGAAUGUCUUACUGAGGCUGUACAGUUGGCUCUCAGUCAUGGUUCUACUGCCUUCUAUCAUGGGCACAAUUUGGGUGCCGACGAGGUUCUCUUCGGUCGCGCUGGACUGCUGUGGGCCCUUCUGAAUAUCAGGACCACGACGGCCGAAUCCCCACCUUCGCAGAAAGAGCGCCUACAGCCGAUUCUCGACGAGAUUCCAGAGCUCAUUCGGUUUAUCAUCGAUGCGGGCAGAGAAGGGGCUGCGGAUUACGCCAAGAAACACGGCCGCAAAGCCGCUCUUCCUUUGAUGUGGCCAUGGAAGCCGGGGGACUACGGAGUUGGAUGGGCUCAUGGGUUAUGUGGCAUAAUCCCGGUUCUCCUUGCUUGCCCGCUGGAUGAACUGGCCAACGACGCCGACAACUAUCUUCCAGAGAUCGGAGGAACUAUCAGCGCACUUUGUGAAGUAUGCAUUGCGCGUAACGGUCACUUGCCGACCAAGAUCCCUCCCCGGUCUUCAUCUCGUGAGUCGCCGCUCGUCCAGAUGUGUCAUGGCGCUCCGGCAAUCCUAGGCCUCCUCGGCUGUGCAUUGAAACAUAGAGAACUGCUUCUAAACCACUGGGAACCAAGCUGGAAUCGUGCCGCUCGUCUUGCGACAGACCGCGUAUGGGAGGAGGGCCUUCUCUCAAAAGGCGGUGGUUUAUGCCAUGGCAUCGCCGGCAAUGCGUGGCCCUUCCUUCUUUUACAUGACGCGCAUGAGUACAACGGCGACGUAUUGGACAAAGCCAGACAGAACUAUGCCGAACGAUCAACUGACCCAAAUACCAUUGAGGACAACCUCACAGGAGACGAGUUUCUUUCUCGCGCUCUUGCCAUGCUCCUGCAUGCGCGCGAAACUCAGCCUUACAACGCUUCUCCGGAGACUGCGUCCAACGACUAUCGCAUCCCUGAUCAUCCAUACUCCCUCUUCGAAGGCCUGGCCGGCAUCGUAUGUGCUUGGGCGGAAGCCUGCGUGUUGAUUAGCGCACGGCUUCGCAAGGCGGAAGUUGGCCCCGAGAAUAUCGGACAUGACCAUGUGUUUAGGGAGUGUAUGCAGCAGCAACUCGGCUUUCCCUUUCUAGGUGGAAACGGAGCGACUGGUGUCCCAUGA